CCCUUUGUCCUCCAGUGGCUGUGAAGCAGCUGCCCUAGUGGUGUCGCGGUUCUUGGCGAGGCUAGGGCCCGCGAGCGAGCGACCCGGCGAACGGGGCAGGAAGGCAGGGACGGCGCGGCAGCGUUGAUCGCUGCAGGAGGAGCCCGGGCGGGCGAGGGGCUAUCGGACUGCGCGGGAUCGGAGCGCGCCACAAGAAGCCCGAGAGCGAGUGCAGAGAGCUGGCGCCCGCGCGCCCACGGUGGCAGGAGCAGCCCGCACGCCGCGCUCUCUGUGAAGGACUUGCAGUUGCAAUAUGACUUUGGAGGAAUUCUCGGCUGGAGAGCAGAAGACCGAAAGGAUGGACAAGGUGGGCGAUGCCCUGGAGGAAGUGCUCAGCAAAGCCCUGAGUCAGCGCACCAUCACCGUAGGGGUGUACGAGGCGGCCAAGCUGCUCAACGUCGACCCGGAUAAUGUGGUUCUGUGCCUGCUGGCGGCAGACGAGGACGACGAUAGGGAUGUGGCUCUGCAGAUCCACUUCACUCUGAUCCAGGCGUUCUGUUGUGAGAACGACAUCAACAUCCUGCGCGUCAGCAACCCGGGCCGGCUGGCGGAGCUCCUACUGCUGGAAACAGACGCGAGCCCAACUACGAGCGAGGGCGCAGCGCAGCCCCCGGACCUGCACUGCGUGCUGGUUACGAAUCCACAUUCAUCACAAUGGAAGGAUCCUGCUUUAAGUCAACUUAUUUGUUUCUGCCGGGAAAGUCGCUACAUGGAUCAGUGGGUUCCAGUGAUUAAUCUCCCUGAACGGUGAUGGCAUCUGAAUGAAAAUAACUGAACCAAAUUGCACUGAAGUUUUGAAAUACCUUUGUAGUUACUCAAGCAGUUACUCCCUACACUGAUGCAAGGAUUACAGAAACUGAUGUCAAGGGGCUGAGUGAGUUCAACUACAUGUUCUGGGGGCCCAGAGAUAGAUGACUUUGCAGUUGGAAAGGUGAAAAUGAAGAAAGAAGCUGUGUUGAAACAAAUACAAGUCAAAAGGAACAAAAACUACAAAGAACCAUGUGGGAAGGAAAACUAUGUAUUAAUUUAGGAUGGUUGAGUUACAUUAAAAUAAACCAAAUAUUCUUUGUUAAAAGUUUAAAUGUGCAGCAGUAGUUUGGGUAUUUUGGUUUAUAUUCCUCCCUCAAGUUUAAAAAAAAAAAAAAAAAACUGAAAGGGUUAAUCAUAUUUUAAAACCAUAUUUUAUUGUAUUUUGAUGAGAUGUUAAAUUCUCAAAAGUUUUAUUAUAAAUUGUACUAAGUUAUUUUAUAACAUGAAAGGUUAUUUAUGCUAUAAAUUUUUGAAACAAUACCUACAAUAAACUGAUAUGGAAUAAUUGCAUCAUU